AUGGGAUUAGAUCAAACUAUUUCCCAGCACCUUGUGCUGGCCAUGUGUGCGCUGUGCUUGCGUUUGGCCGAUGCCUACUUGGCCUUCGUGCCCUCUAGCACGCAUGGCGUGUUUGCCGCAUUGGCCGUGCCGCUGGAGCUGCCGCAUCGCAACGUUUUUGUUUCCUACAACUUUGAGGCAAAUUACAACUCGCCAUAUAACUGGAGUAAACCGACCUUAUUUCAAAACGGUCCCAUCGAGUCCGAGGAGGUGGAGCUAUCGCGCAAGACUAGCCAUGCAGCAGAGGAGAGCAGGAGAGAUCAGGCAUCGAUUGAGGCCCAAGAGGAACUGGAGCAGGACAUAGAGGGCAGUGCGGAUGAGGAACAGGCGCAAGCGACGGAGACAACUUCCAUGCCCACUUCUACACCCAAGCGCGAGAGACGCGCUCUGCUCACCCGCAGCAAUAUUUAUCACAUACUAAUCGACAAAUUUCAGAGGAGUGGCUUCUCGGGCGAGUCCUGUUUGCUGCGCCUGAUUUGCGAGACCAGCGCCGCCGAACUGGGCGAGGUCAACGGUGUGUUGGGCAGUCUAAUACACGUGCUCUUUAGUCCCAGCACUUCCGAGCCGGAGCAGCUGCCGCUGCGUUUCUAUCAGGCGGAGCACGAUGGCUGGAACGAUCAUUGUAGCUUUUAUGAGCACAACUGUGGCGAGAGUUUGUUGGAGCUGAUAUCAGAGCCCUUUGAGGAGAUCCUUAAGCGCAUAGAGCGCAAUGAAAUGUAGUAAGAGUAUUUCAUGUAUUCACAGAAAUAUAGAAUUGUUUUGUUGUG